AUGACAACCUGUAGGCAUGCGGCAGAACUGUGGCCGUUUCAUAAUAUCAAUUCCAGGUGUGACCGCACCUUUACUUUGCAGUGCAACAAAAAUUCGUUGUAUGUUUACCAUCUAAGUGCAAUUUUUAUUUCUAUCACAUGCUUUUCUUGGUAUAGCUCUUUACAGAUUUUACUCAACGUGGUGUGUUGCGUUAAAGUAUUAAAGGAAAUCAAGAUGUCGCACUUAACGUGGAUGAUAAUUCGAAACAAUAAUGCGUUUCUGUUGAAGAAACGUACAAUCAACAAGCCUUUUUCAACUGAACCAAACAAUUUAACAAAUCUCAGUAGUUAUCGGUAUUCUGGAUUAAUCCAUCGCAAAAGUGUGGGUGUCAUUGACACGCCAGAUAAGAAGGGCUUCACAGUUGUAUACAAAAAGUCAAGAUCGGCUUCAAAACCAGCUAAAACUGUUGUAAGGCGUACAAUGAAAUCAGGAAAUCGACGAGCUCUUCAUAAAUUGAAAACUUUACUCACCGCCAACAAGUAUCGAGUAGAUCUUACCAAGGCCGCUCUACGACGUGCAAGCGCAGUGCUGAAAUCCCAAAAACCAGUGACAGCAAAAAAGACACGUAUCGUAAAGAAAGCGGAUUAAUGUAAUCAUUAAAUAAAUGUAUUUCUGCAAAA